ACGAGUGUUCCCAAGGUCCCUGUCAAAACAACGGAUCUUGUACAGACCUGGUCAACGACUACUAUUGCGAUUGUGUUCCUGGAUUCAACGGAACCAAUUGUGAAAACAUGAUCAAUGAGUGCUUGCCAGGUAUUUGUCUAAACAACGGGACUUGUACAGACCUUGUGAAUGACUAUCAGUGCGACUGUGUUUCUGGAUAUAAUGGAACAAAGUGUGAAAAUAAUAUUGAUGACUGCUUGCCGGAUCCCUGUCAAAACAACGGAACCUGUACAGACCUGAUCAACGACUACCACUGCGAUUGUGUUCCUGGAUUUAAUGGGACAAACUGUGAAAACGAUAUCGAUGACUGCCAAGCAGAACCUUGUCAAAACAAUGGAACCUGUACAGACCUGGUCAACGACUACCAAUGUGUUUGUGUUUCAGGAUUCAAUGGAACAAAUUGUGAAAACAAUAUUGAUGAAUGCAUGCCGACUCCCUGUGAAAACAACGGAACUUGUACAGACCUUGUCGAUGGCUACCAGUGCGACUGUGUUCCGAGAUUUAAUGGAACAAAUUGUGAAAACAAUAUUGAUGACUGUUCCCAAUAUCCCUGUCAAAACAACGGAACCUGUAUAGACCAGGUCAACCACUUCCAAUGCGCUUGUGUUCCAGGAUACAAUGGAACAACGUGUGAAAACAUGAUCAAUGAGUGCUUGCCAGAUCUUUGUCAAAACAACGGAACUUGUACAGACCUUGUCGAUGGCUACCAGUGCGACUGUGUUCCGGGAUUCAAUGGAACAAAUUGUGAAAACAAUAUUGAUGACUGCUCCCAAGAUCCCUGUCAAAACAACGGAACCUGUAUAGACCAGGUCAACCACUUCCAAUGCGCUUGUGUUCCAGGAUACAAUGGAACAACGUGUGAAAACAUGAUCAAUGAGUGCUUGCCAGAUCUUUGUCAAAACAACGGAACUUGUACAGACCUUGUCGAUGGCUACCAGUGCGACUGUGUUCCGGGAUUCAAUGGAACAAAUUGUGAAAACAAUAUUGAUGACUGUUCCCAAGAUCCCUGUCAAAACAACGGAACCUGUAUAGACCAGGUCAACCACUUCCAAUGCGCUUGUGUUCCAGGAUACAAUGGAACAACGUGUGAAAACAUGAUCAAUGAGUGCUUGCCAGAUCUUUGUCAAAACAACGGAACUUGUACAGACCUUGUCGAUGGCUACCAGUGCGACUGUGUUCCGGGAUUCAAUGGAACAAAUUGUGAAAACAAUAUUGAUGACUGCUCCCAAGAUCCCUGUCAAAACAACGGAACCUGUAUAGACCAGGUCAACCACUUCCAAUGCGCUUGUGUUCCAGGAUACAAUGGAACAACGUGUGAAAACAUGAUCAAUGAGUGUUUGCCAGAUCUUUGUCAAAACAACGGAACUUGUACAGACCUUGUCGAUGGCUACCAGUGCGACUGUGUUCCGGGAUUUAAUGGAACAAAUUGUGAAAACAAUAUUGAUGACUGCUCCCAAGAUCCCUGUCAAAACAACGGAACCUGUAUAGACCAGGUCAACCACUUCCAAUGCGCUUGUGUUCCAGGAUACAAUGGAACAACGUGUGAAAACAUGAUCAAUGAGUGUUUGCCAGAUCUUUGUCAAAACAACGGAACUUGUACAGACCUUGUCGAUGGCUACCAGUGCGACUGUGUUCCGGGAUUCAAUGGAACAAAUUGUGAAAACAAUAUUGAUGACUGCUCCCAAGAUCCCUGUCAAAACAACGGAACCUGUAUAGACCAGGUCAACCACUUCCAAUGCGCUUGUGUUCCAGGAUACAAUGGAACAACGUGUGAAAACAUGAUCAAUGAGUGUUUGCCAGAUCUUUGUCAAAACAACGGAACUUGUACAGACCUUGUCGAUGGCUACCAGUGCGACUGUGUUCCGGGAUUUAAUGGAACAAAUUGUGAAAACAAUAUUGAUGACUGCUCCCAAGAUCCCUGUCAAAACAACGGAACCUGUAUAGACCAGGUCAACCACUUCCAAUGCGCUUGUGUUCCAGGAUACAAUGGAACAACGUGUGAAAACAUGAUCAAUGAGUGCUUGCCAGAUCUUUGUCAAAACAACGGAACUUGUACAGACCUUGUCGAUGGCUACCAGUGCGACUGUGUUCCGGGAUUCAAUGGAACAAAUUGUGAAAACAAUAUUGAUGACUGCUCCCAAGAUCCCUGUCAAAACAACGGAACCUGUAUAGACCAGGUCAACCACUUCCAAUGCGCUUGUGUUCCAGGAUACAAUGGAACAACGUGUGAAAACAUGAUCAAUGAGUGUUUGCCAGAUCUUUGUCAAAACAACGGAACUUGUACAGACCUUGUCGAUGGCUACCAGUGCGACUGUGUUCCGGGAUUUAAUGGAACAAAUUGUGAAAACAAUAUUGAUGACUGCUCCCAAGAUCCCUGUCAAAACAACGGAACCUGUAUAGACCAGGUCAACCACUUCCAAUGCGCUUGUGUUCCAGGAUACAAUGGAACAACGUGUGAAAACAUGAUCAAUGAGUGUUUGCCAGAUCUUUGUCAAAACAACGGAACUUGUACAGACCUUGUCGAUGGCUACCAGUGCGACUGUGUUCCGGGAUUUAAUGGAACAAAUUGUGAAAACAAUAUUGAUGACUGCUUGCCGGAUUCCUGUCAAAACAACGGAACCUGUAUAGACCAGGUCAACCACUUCCAAUGCGCUUGUGUUCCAGGAUACAAUGGAACAACGUGUGAAAACAUGAUCAAUGAGUGCUUGCCAGAUCUUUGUCAAAACAACGGAACUUGUACAGACCUUGUCGAUGGCUACCAGUGCGACUGUGUUCCGGGAUUUAAUGGAACAAAUUGUGAAAACAAUAUUGAUGACUGCUCCCAAGAUCCCUGUCAAAACAACGGAACCUGUAUAGACCAGGUCAACCACUUCCAAUGCGCUUGUGUUCCAGGAUACAAUGGAACAACGUGUGAAAACAUGAUCAAUGAGUGCUUGCCAGAUCUUUGUCAAAACAACGGAACUUGUACAGACCUUGUCGAUGGCUACCAGUGCGACUGUGUUCCGGGAUUCAAUGGAACAAAUUGUGAAAACAAUAUUGAUGACUGUUCCCAAGAUCCCUGUCAAAACAACGGAACCUGUAUAGACCAGGUCAACCACUUCCAAUGCGCUUGUGUUCCAGGAUACAAUGGAACAACGUGUGAAAACAUGAUCAAUGAGUGUUUGCCAGAUCUUUGUCAAAACAACGGAACUUGUACAGACCUUGUCGAUGGCUACCAGUGCGACUGUGUUCCGGGAUUCAAUGGAACAAAUUGUGAAAACAAUAUUGAUGACUGUUCCCAAGAUCCCUGUCAAAACAACGGAACCUGUAUAGACCAGGUCAACCACUUCCAAUGCGCUUGUGUUCCAGGAUACAAUGGAACAACGUGUGAAAACAUGAUCAAUGAGUGCUUGCCAGAUCUUUGUCAAAACAACGGAACUUGUACAGACCUUGUCGAUGGAUACCAGUGCGACUGUGUUCCGGGAUUCAAUGGAACAAACUGUGAAAACAAUAUUGAUGACUGCUUGCUGGAUCCCUGUCAACACAAUGGAACCUGUACAGACCUGAUCAACGACUACCACUGCGAUUGUGUUCCUGGAUUUAAUGGGACAAAUUGCGAAAACAUGAUCAAUGAGUGCUUGCCAGAUCUUUGUCAAAACAACGGAACUUGUACAGACCUUGUCGAUGGCUACCAGUGCGACUGUGUUCCGGGAUUCAAUGGAACAAACUGUGAAAACAAUAUUGAUGACUGCUCCCAAGAUCCCUGUCAAAACAAUGGAACCUGUACAGACCUGGUCAACGACUACCACUGCGAUUGUGUUCUUGGAUUUAAUGGGACAAACUGUGAAAACGAUAUCGAUGACUGCCAAGCAGAACCUUGUCAAAACAAUGGAACCUGUACAGACCUGGUCAACGACUACCAAUGUGUUUGUGUUGCAGGAUUCAAUGGAACAAAUUGUGAAAACAAUAUUGAUGACUGCUUGCCGGAUUCCUGUCAAAACAAUGGAACCUGUAUAGACCAGGUCAACCACUUCCAAUGCGCUUGUGUUCCAGGAUACAAUGGAACAACGUGUGAAAACAUGAUCAAUGAGUGCUUGCCAGAUCUUUGUCAAAACAACGGAACUUGUACAGACCUUGUCGAUGGCUACCAGUGCGACUGUGUUCCGGGAUUCAAUGGGACAAACUGUGAAAACGAUAUUGAUGACUGCUUGCCGGAUUCCUGUCAAAACAAUGGAACCUGUAUAGACCAGGUCAACCACUUCCAAUGCGCUUGUGUUCCAGGAUACAAUGGAACAACGUGUGAAAACAUGAUCAAUGAGUGCUUGCCAGAUCUUUGUCAAAACAACGGAACUUGUACAGACCUUGUCGAUGGCUACCAGUGCGACUGUGUUCCGGGAUUCAAUGGGACAGACUGUGAAAACGAUAUUGAUGACUGCUCCCAAGAUCCCUGUCAAAACAAUGGAACCUGUACAGACCUGGUCAACGACUACCACUGCGAUUGUGUUCUUGGAUUUAAUGGGACAAACUGUGGAAACGAUAUCGAUGACUGCCAAGCAGAACCUUGUCAAAACAAUGGAACCUGUACAGACCUGGUCAACGACUACCAAUGUGUUUGUGUUGCAGGAUUCAAUGGAACAAAUUGUGAAAACAAUAUUGAUGACUGCUUGCCGGAUUCCUGUCAAAACAAUGGAACCUGUAUAGACCAGGUCAACCACUUCCAAUGCGCUUGUGUUCCAGGAUACAAUGGAACAACGUGUGAAAACAUGAUUAAUGAGUGCUUGCCAGAUCUUUGUCAAAACAACGGAACUUGUACAGACCUUGUCGAUGGCUACCAGUGCGACUGUGUUCCGGGAUUCAAUGGGACAAACUGUGAAAACGAUAUUGAUGCCUGCUUGCCGGAUCCCUGUCAAAACAACGGAACUUGUACAGACCUUGUCGAUGGCUACCAGUGCGACUGUGUUCCGGGAUUCAAUGGAACAAAUUGUGAAAACACAAUAGAAACAGAAAUAGCAACAACCACAACUGUUGAGCCAACAAAAGUAGAACCACAAAUAAAUGAGCCACUUGCCUUUGGAGCAGAAGCUAGUGAUUCUGUUUUGACCGGUGAUGAUGUCACCUCUCCAGCAUUAACAUCGCCAACAUUGCUUCAGUUCGGAAAUGGUUUAUUAGAUGGGUUUGAUGAAGUAUACAUUGGAACCAACGGUAUCAUUGGAUUGGGAGACAGAUAUAAUAGUUUUUCAAUUGAAGAUAUGGAUUCGAUAAAUUUGAUGGAGCGUAAAAUUAUCUGUCCAUACUGGAUCGACCUAAUGACUCAUGGAAGUGAUUCAGCAGUAUACUACAAUGUUUACAAAAGUGAAAACACAAAUGAUGCAGGGAUUUUGAGCAAAGUUGACAAAAUAAUCCAUGACACAUUUAAGGAUUUUAAAACGUUUCGUUCGUCGAUUGUCUUCAAGGCAACUUGGAGCAAUAUGGCAUUUUACAUUGACAAUUCAAAGAGAGUUUCAUUCCAAAUACUUAUUGUUUCGGAUGGCCAAAAUUUAUUUAGCGUAACAAACUAUAUAAACAUCAAUAUUCAAGUUCUACAAGGAAGUCACGUCUCAAUUGGCCACAGAUACAGAGCGUUCAGGGGCAAAAAUACAUAUUCGUGGAAAAAUGCUGCAUUUAGAAUGUCAUCUGUUCCCGGAAAUACUGGAUAUAACGGAUUCUGGGUUCAGAAAUUGACAGAUGAUAACAUUAAGAUUAAUCCACUCGAGAAAGAGUGCUACAGCUGGUAUUCAAGACAAACCUUGUCUAGAAGACCAAAUGCAUGGUGGUUAACAUGUCCAUGUACUGGUACAGCCAUGAGAUUUUUCGGGUUCCAGUUUGCUUUUUAUCGGACUGAGCCAGGCAUGGCAUGCUAUGUUUCGAUUACAUUCGGAACCACCUUGGAGUGUUGUUAUUCAGUGUUCGGAUUCUUCUCAUUAGGCCCAUUAAUAAGGCGAAUUCCUGAUGCGGGUUCUACCCUUUCGGCAAAUCCGUUUUUCCAACCUGUAGACUAUUAUAUAGAGAACCAGAGACCAAAAGAGGCCUGCUGUGCAUCUGGACACUGCGAUUGGUAUUACACCUAUAGACCUAGGCCCUUUUUCUGUUCAAGGUUUAUCCCAGUGAGAACAGCCUGGUUCUGGGGAGAUCCGCAUAUCAACACUUUAGACGGUGGACAAUACACUUUUAAUGGUUACGGUGAAUACACAAUGAUGAAAAUAGACCACAAUGGCACACAGUUUGAACUCCAAGCCCGAACAGAUUUAGCAACUACUGCCAAUGGCACAACAAUAAACGCGACAAUAUUCAGUGCUUUCGUAGCCAAGGAUCAUACAGGUUCAAUCGUUCAAGUGGAAAUGUCAAGGAACAGAGAUAAGAUGUACGUGCGUGCAAAUGGUAGAGAUGUAACAACAGAAAUAGACAGUAAUCCUGAUUUUGUGUUAAGAACAAUCAACAUGACAUUGUCCAAAGAUAAUGGAACAGUGGUGGCAUCCUUUGUUCAAAGCGCAAUUACCAUCAAAAUUAGUUUGGGCGUCCGAUUUCUUACGUCGGAAACGAUGGUAGAUGAAAGAUAUAAUGGCAAAGUGGUAGGAUUGAUGGGAAAUUUCGAUGGAAACUCCACCAAUGAUUUUGUUCUUCCUAAUAACACUAUACUGUUUGGUAGUGCAGUAAAUUCCGAACGAAAAAUAUACGAAAAUUUUGGACAACUUUGGUCGAUUAACAGCAACACAUCGUACUUUCACUAUGAUACUGGGCUGUCUCAUGCCAAUUACACGCACCCAGAAUUCGUGCCAUUCUACAUCGACGAACAACCACAGGACAAAGUCAACAGAUCCAGAGAAGUAUGUGGUGGUGCAAGUGCCUCACAGGCCUGUAUAUUUGAUUACCUUGCAACAGGUGACGAAUCCUUGGCCAAAUCUUCAGGGGAUGAUGCAGAGACUUCUGCACGUGAUACAGCAACUUUAGAAAAUGAGUCUCCGCAGAUCAGUGGUGACUCGCAGAUCAAUGCACAAGUUAACCGAUCUGUGGAACUUAAAUUCAAUGCUACCGAUGAUGGGACUUUCGUAUACAGGAUAAUUCAGCAACCUCCUGGAUUCUCCUUUAAUAAUAAUAGUGGUAUAGCUAGAUGGACACCCCAAGAUGACAGUGUUACAAACAUAAGCAUUACUGUUGUGGAUGAUAAAGGAGAAGAGGCGGCUCCCAUAGACGUGGCUAUUGUCCUCUGUUCUGGUUGUAAUGAUCACGGGACAUGUGAUUACAACACCACACGGACGUCUACCAGUGAUAUGUUUAAAUACGCGGCCUGCAACUGUACCAUUGGAUACUCAGGACGGGACUGUGAGAACGAUACCGAUGGCUGUGCUGCAACUCCAUGUGCCUUAGGUAGAACCUGUGUAGAUAUAAAGGCUGAAGAUGAAGCAGUAUUAGGGCGAGGAUACAAUUGUUCCGAUUGUCCACCGGGGUAUAAAAUAGUAGAUGAAAAAUGUGAAGAUAUAAAUGAAUGUAAUAGUACAACAUCCAAUACCUGCGACGAUGCGACGGAAUACUGUGUUAAUAGCGAAGGCAGCUUUGAAUGCAACUGUAAUCGUGGAUUUAGGAAAGUUGGAAGUAUAUGUCAAGAUAUCGAUGAAUGUACGGAGAGUACCUCUGGGUGUGAACAGCUCUGUACUAACAGUGCAGGGUCUUUUGAAUGCUCUUGUAUCAGUGGAUAUAUACUAAACAGUGACAACAAAACAUGCACAGGAACAAGUAACUGUCCUGGAUUAAAUUGUGAAUACGCAUGUAAUAACGAUUCCGACGCAAGGCCUGUAUGCAUAUGCAAGAAUGGAUAUGAAUUGAAGGAUAGCGAAAAUUGUACAGAUAUUGAUGAGUGCAAGAUGGGAGGAGUCUGUUCACAGGAUUGUGAAAACCUUAAUGGUUCCUACAUAUGCUCUUGUUAUGCUGGUUAUUCAUUAAACGACGAUAGAACGACUUGUUCAGCAUGUGAGCCUCCAAACUAUGGCGUGAAUUGCCAAAGCAUAUGCAGCUGUGGUCAAGGUAUGGAGAGGUGUGAUCCAGUCACGGGAUGCGUGUGUAAGUCUGGUUGGACUGGAAGUAAUUGUGAUACGGACAUCAAUGAAUGUACCACAAACCCAACUAUUUGCGGAAGUGAUAAAAUAUGCCAAAAUCUGGAUGGAUCACAUGCUUGUAACUGUAGAAAUGGCUAUGAAAAAGAUUCCAACGACAACUGUGUUGAUAUAAAUGAAUGUGGAAUAGUCACGUCGAAUAAUUGUUCAACUUCAACUUCUAUCUGUAAAAAUAAAGAUGGGGGAUACGUUUGCGAGUGCAAAUCUGGAUUCACACAGAAAAACUUGUAUGAAUGUGAAGAUUUUAAUGAGUGUACAGCCGGAAUAGAUGGUUGCAGCCAGAAAUGUUUAAACGUGGACGGAGGCUACAAUUGCGAAUGUGAAUUCGGGUAUACGUUAGGAGACGAUAGGAAAACGUGCAUUAAAGUCCAAGACAUAUGUUCAUUGUUUCCUCAACUUAACUGUACCUAUGGAUGUAAAGCAAACGGAACCCGGGGAUCGUGCUUUUGUCCCGCUGGCUUUUUGCUGAAUGCACAGAAUCACAGAUCUUGCAUCGAUAUCGAUGAAUGCAAUGACGCCAGUUUAAAUCAAUGUACUUUUCCAAACCUGUGCGUGAAUGUAGAUGGGUCAUAUAACUGCUCAUGUCCUGAUUAUCAUGUUCUUGAAAACGAUGGACGAACUUGUAAAGAGUGUGACGGGUUUUCGUUUGGAAAGACAUGCGAGAAUGUCUGCAAUUGUGGAAUUGGAUCCUCUAGAUGUGACAAAGAGAAGGGUUGUGUCUGUUUAUCGGGCUGGACAGGAGUAGAAUGUGAUCUCGAUAUUGAUGAGUGUGCAGCUUCUACAAACCCAUGUACUUCUAAUCACCAAGUUUGCCAAAACUCCCCUGGGUCUUAUAAAUGCAUUUGCGAAACGGGAUUCAUGAACGAAUCAGGACUGUGUAAAGAUAUCAAUGAAUGCGAAAAUUCACCAUGCAGCCAAAUUUGUACGAACACUGAAGGGAGUUAUUCGUGUAGUUGUAACGGCGGAUUCCGUAUGUCUGCAAACUCAGAAUGUAUGGACUAUGACGAGUGUCUGGCACCAGUCAGCCCCUGUGAUCAACAAUGUACCAACACUAUAGGAAGUUACAAAUGCUCCUGCAACGACGGAUUCAUUCUCAAUUCUACUUCUAGAACAACUUGCUAUGCAAAAACUGAGUGCACGAACACAGCGCUCAACUGUUCGCAAAAAUGCGGAGUUAAACCAGGGGGAGUAGAAUACUGUUUUUGCAACGUUGGAUAUUCUUUAAAUGCAAACCAAAUGUCAUGUGAUGAUAUCGACGAUUGCCAACCUAACCCAUGUUCUGAAAACUGCAAUCAAAAUGCACCUGGACAGGGAUAUAAUUGCUCUUGUGCUCCAGGAAAGAAGCUAGACAUUGAUCAGAGAUCUUGUAUAGACUGUGAAAACGGAAGAUAUGGAGACAAAUGUAGCUUAAACUGCGCAUGCAACGUCGAAAACACAAUUGUGUGUGAUAAAGUAUCCGGAAACUGCACCUGUAAACCUGGUUGGGAAGGAAUGUACUGUACAGAGGAUAUUGACGAAUGUAAAAAUACGUCUAUUUGUCCUGAAAAUUCGGUGUGUCAAAACACAAAUGGUUCCUUUUCUUGUGUUUGUGAUUCAGGAUAUUCUCAAGCUGCUGGAAAAUGUGUUGAGUGUGCUUUGAAUACCUAUGGUCAAAAUUGUGCAAGGCAGUGUUCGUGUGAUUUCUCAAACACACAGUUAUGUGACAAGAAAAAUGGAACUUGCUAUUGUAAAGAGGGAUGGCAAGGUGCUGAUUGUACAGAAGACGUUCUAGAGUGCGCUAACACGACCAUCUGUGGUUCAAACGCUCGGUGCUCGGAGACUAACGGAUCUUACAUAUGUAAUUGCGAUGUUGGAUAUAAAAAGGAUGCGUUUGGGUCUUGUGCCGAUGUUGAUGAAUGUUCACUUGGGUCUGAUACUUGCCACGAAAAUGCCGAUUGUACUAAUAUUGUAGGAAAUUUCACGUGUUCAUGUAAAACUGGAUUUAGUGGGGAUGGCUAUUCAUGCACAGCAUGUGAUAGUACACAUUAUGGUGUUGGCUGUUCCUCUCCGUGCACGUGUAUUGAGGAUAAUACAGUGGACUGUAAUGACGUCACUGGACAGUGUAAUUGUAAGACAACAUGGAAUGGAACAAACUGUGACGUAGAUGUCAAUGAAUGUGAUCUAGGGACAAAUGACUGCAACUCUACCAUCGAGAUCUGUGUUAACCGCGAUGACGGGUGGAAUUGUUCCUGUCUACAUGGAUCAACAAAUGGAGUUUGUAAUGAAAUGACCACAUCAACGAUGACAGAGAGUACAUACGAAAGUACCCAGACAACAGUCCAAAGCACGGUCGAAUCAUCAGAGAGUACUGGAGCUAGUCCAACAACAACAGGAGGAAGUGAAAGCACUACACAAGAAAUGACCACAUCAACGAUGACAGAGAGUACAUACGAAAGUACCCAGACAACAGUCCAAAGCACGGUCGAAUCAUCAAAGAGUACUGAAGCUAGUCCAACAACAACAGGAGGAAGUGAAAGCACUACAAAAGACAUAACAACAACAGCAGUUACAGAUAGUACAUAUGAAAGUACCCAAACAACAGUCCAAAGCACUGUCGCAUCAUCACAAAGUACUGAACCUAGUCCAACUACCACAGCAGGAAGUGAGAGCACUACUAAAGAGAAAGUAACCGCAUACGUCCCUCAAACUGCUGAGGUUAAACUUGGAGUAGUUCUGACCUUCAGAAAGAAUAUAUCACUUACUAAUUAUGAUCAAGUCGUGAAAACCAUGGAAUCAACGUUAACGAAUUUCUACAAAGGCAGGAUUACUGGAUUCAUCAAAGUACUCAUCCUUGUGAUAAGGAGAGGAAGUACAAUUGUUGAACACGAAGUUAUCGCGAACAAAACAGAAAAGGCAAACCAGGAUCUUGUGACAUCCAUGUUUAUUUUGUCUAAAAGCAGCAUAAAGUACCAAAAUGAGAACCUAACAACUUCGUCUGUAUUAGUAAGAGAUGACUCUGGAAGGAAACUAGUUAUUACCAAUACUUCCUCAAAAUGCGAUGUAUAUGUAAUCAGCAAUCCAUGCGGGGAAAAUGAAAAAUGUGUAGAAGACGAAAACAUAGCUUAUUGUCGCACAGAAACAAGAGAUUUGAAUGACAACUUUCAAUUGAUUCUGGGACUGGGAGUCGGAAUAACGCUAUUGAUCAUUGCUAUUUUCAUUGGAAUCAUUGUUUGGUGCUUUCUAAGAGAUCCAUCGUUAUCGUCUACUGAUGAUGAUUUUGAGAAUACGUCUGACCAACAAGGAAUAUACUUUGCUUCGGGAAUACCGACUAAGAUCGACAGCUGGGGCAGGUAUGGGUCUCCAUAUUCUCCGCCUCGUACUUGGUCACCAGAACCCGUAAGCGGCAGAGCAAGGGAUGCAUUUGAUGACUUAUAUAUUGCAAGAGAACGUAACAGUUAUGACAAUGCUGAACAGUCAGGCGUUUCAUGGCAACAAGCUUCUUUACAACCAAACGAAAAGUUUAAAAUAAAACGCCCGGAAGUUAGCACAAAGCCACUGAAUCCCGAGUGAUAAUGCUGAAAAAAGGAAUUGUUCAACCUUUCCUUAGAAAAUGCAGCAUGAACUUAUUUGCUCAAUUAUAUCAUCAGUGAUUAGUUUUUCUGUUUUAUGUCAUAAAACCAUUUAAACACUUAUCAUACAAAAUGUGGGACAGAAAAAUGUAUUUUUGAAUAAUAGUGUAAUGGAAAACAUGACUUAUUAGUAUAAAAAUAGAUAUGAAUGGAAUAUGUUAGCUAAAACUUUUGAAUAUAUAACCCACUUGUAUUCAAAAAGUUUGAUUAGAAAAGCAAAUAAACAUGUAAGUAGGUAUUUAUAAAAAAAUUUAUAAUGUAAUUAGACAUGUGACACCCCGGGUGCAUUAAAAAAGGAGAUUUUUUUAGUUUUUAAGAGAUGCUUAUAUUAAUUGUAUAUUUGCAUAUGAUGAUCUUGUGUCUGUGAUGCUAUUAUAUAUUUACUUGUAUAUACUAUACUUGUUAUUAUAUAUUUAUUAUAUAUACAAUGUCAUAUUAAAACCAUUUAUAUUCCAAUUUAUAAUAAAAACAUUAUUCUCU